AUCAUGUGUGCCAGCGGUGACACAAUCAGGAACAUCAUGUUGGCUGCUCAUCGGCAAGGAAUGACCAAUGGGGACUAUGCUUUCUUCAAUAUUGAACUCUUCAACAGCUCAUCAUAUGGAAAUGGCUCUUGGAGAAGAGGAGACAAACAUGACCUUGAAGCCAAGAAGGCAUACUCGUACCUGCAAACCGUCACUCUGCUGAGGACCGUGAAGCCUGAGUUUGAGAAGUUUUCCCUGGAGGUGAAAAGUUCUGUUCAGAAGCAAGGUCUGCAUGAGGAUGACUACGUGAACAUGUUUGUGGAAGGAUUCCAUGAUGCUAUUCUUCUUUAUGCUCUAGCUUUACAGGAAGUCCUGAAGUUUGGUUUCAGUAAGAAAGAUGGGGAAAAAAUUGUUCAGCAAACACGGAACAGAACAUACGAAGGCAUUGCAGGGCAGGUGUCCAUUGAUGCCAAUGGAGACAGAUACGGGGAUUUCUCUGUGAUUGGAAUGACGGACCCAGAGGCAGGCACACAGGAGGUGAUUGGGGACUACUACGGAAAGCAGGGGCGUUUCGAAAUUCGAUCAAAUGUGAAAUACCCUUGGAAUCACGGCAGGCUGCGAGUAGAUGAAAGCCGAGUUUCAGAGCACACAAACAACACACCGUGUAAAUCAUGUGGUCUAGGAGAAUCAGCAGUUACAGGAAUAGUUGUGGGCGCCUUGCUCGGAGCAGGAUUGCUAAUGGCUUUUUACUUUUUCAGAAAGAAAUACAGAAUAACUAUUGAGAGACGAACUCAACAGGAGGACUGUAACAUGGGGAAACAUCGGCAGUUACGUGAAGACUCCAUUAGAUCUCAUUUUUCUGCUGCAUAA